GCCCGGGCGGCGGGCGAGGGGUGAGCGGGCUUCGGCGAGCCCGAGGAGGCGCAGGCCUGCCCCGGGCCCCGCAGGUCAGUGUGAAGGUCUGUGUGUCUGUCCCCAGCACUCUGCAAGGCUAGAAAAGGAGGAGGAACCUGUCCAGAAUCUCUGCAGGACAAGGAAAAGAAGGGAAAAUUCAACAUGGAAAAACUCUACAAUGAAAGUGAAGGAAAGCUGGAAAUUGAGGGAAAGCCUGAAGAUGAAGUAGAGCCUGAAGAUGAAGGAAAAUCAGAUGAGGAAGAAAAGCUGGAAAUGGAAGGGAAGCCAGGGCAUGAGGGAAAGCUCCAGAAUAAGGGACAACCAGAUAAUGGGGGACAACCAGAAGAUGAGGGAAAGCAAGAAAAGCAGGGCAUGUCCAACAAUGAGGGAAAAGCACACGGUGAGGGCAAGCCAAAAUCCCUGGCAAAGGCUGAGAGUGAACCACGGGCUGCCGAAAAGCGCCCAGCUGAAGAUUACGUGCCCAGGAAAGCAAAAAGAAAAACAGACAGGGGGACAGAUGAUUCCCCCAAGGACUAUCAGGAGGACUUACAGGAAAGGCACUUGGGCAGUGAGGAGAUGGUGAGAGAAUGUGGAGAUAUGUCAAGGGCUCAGGAAGAGCUAAGAAAAAAACAGAAAAUGGGUGGUUUUCACUGGAUGCAAAGAGAUGUACAAGAUCCAUUUGCCCCAAGGGGGCAGCGGGGUGUCAGGGGCGUGAGGGGCGGAGGUAGGGGCCAAAGAGGCUUACAUGAUAUCCCAUAUCUUUAA